UUUCAGGGUGUAGUUCCGGGUCGGAUGUUGUGAGGCAGUUACCUGGAGCUGAAUAUGGCAGGUUCCAGUGAGUCAGGCUCGUCCCCGGAGGAGGAGAUGCGAAUUUCUUUCGCCAAUCACAACUUUGUUGUACCAAAGAAAGAGAUCAACAUGUUCCCGGACAUGGGCAAGUGGAAACGUUCCAAGGCCUACACUGACUACAUUGGUUUUGUUCUGACCCUGAAUGAGAGUGUGAAAGGGAAGAAACUCACGUGUGACUAUAAAACCUCUGCGCCGGUGGAGAAACUGAUCAUGCUGCUGAACACACUGGACAAGUGGAUUGAUGAGACCCCUCCAGUCGACCAGCCUUCCCGAUUCGGGAACAAAGCCUUUCGCACUUGGUACAGUAAGCUGGAGAAGGAGGCUGAGAACUUGGUUUCCAGUGUGAUUCCCCGUGAGCUGAAUGGUGCUGUUGUCGAGGCUGCAGUGUAUUUAAAGGAAUCGGUGGGAAACCCAACAAGAAUAGACUAUGGAACAGGCCAUGAAGCUGCCUUUGCUGCUUUCCUGUGCUGUCUCUGUAAGAUUGGAGUCCUGAAGGUGGAUGACCAGCUUGCUAUUGUUUUUUGUAUAUUUGAUCGGUACCUGCAGGUGAUGCGCAAGUUGCAGAAAACGUAUCGAAUGGAGCCAGCAGGGAGCCAGGGAGUCUGGGGCCUCGAUGACUUUCAGUUCCUUCCCUUCAUCUGGGGCAGUUCCCAAUUAAUCGAUCAUCCCACCCUUACACCAGCCCAUUUUGUGGAUGAGAAGGUGGUGAAUGAGCACCAUAAGGAUUACAUGUUUCUGGAAUGUGUCAGGUUUAUUAAUGAGAUGAAGACUGGCCCCUUCGCUGAACACUCUAACCAACUGUGGAACAUCAGUGCGGUCCCUGCCUGGUCCAAGGUGAACCAGGGACUGAUCCGGAUGUAUAAGGCAGAGUGCCUUGAAAAAUUUCCAGUCAUCCAGCACUUCAAAUUCGGCAGCUUGCUCACCAUCAACCCAGUGGGAUCCUGAGCUGAAGGACACGGUGGGGCCCCAGAAAUGUGGGCAGCCAGGAACCAACUUACCCCAUCAGCUGCAAACAAACAAACUUCCACCAAACAAAAACCCAUGACUACUUUAUUUUUCCCUUUUUUAAUAACAUUUGUUUUCUCUCUCGGUUUCGUUUCAAGUUCGGACAUGGCAUAUCUCUGGAGUGAAAUGGCAUGGAUUUUAAUUGGGCGGGGGCAGUUGCACUUCCUGGGUGCAAAUGGGCAUCGAGUCUGCUGCAAGGGUUUCAUUACUCCUCUCUCCGAUGCAGAUCUGCCUCUCGGUCAUGACGAUAGAAGCCAACCUGAUAACAUGCUUUUCGAUUCCUGCUGUUGUCCAGGCAUUGCCUGCUCAGUGAUUGCCCAUGGGGGGUGUGCUUCCUCUGUCGUUGCUGUGAAAUCUCCAUCGUGCUUCUCUGCAUCUUGUGGUCUGCCCCCUUUCCAUUCAGCCAGUGUCAGAGUUCACAGUCCUCUGCACUUGGUUUGAAAAUUGCUGUGUCCCUAAACCACCCCUGCCCACCAUCCAGUUUAAGUUUAGAUUAAAAAUAAAAAAAAAUUAGAGCUUCUGUGUCCGACUAUAAAACAGUUUGAAAAGAGCUCAACCCUUUGGCACGGCUGGGUAAAAGAAAUGUUUAACAAAAUAGUAUUAAAAUCUGGAGAAUGUGCCUUUGAUCCAUCGGAAAAGGACUAGAGCAAAUUAAAUCCACCAGGUGGCAUUUUAAUUUUGAAGGAAUCGUUUUGGAUAUUUGCCUAAAAUAGUGUGCUUCCUUGGUCCAAGGUUGUUCUCUGUUCUCUCUCUCUAGUGCUGCAGCCCUGAGUCAGAGAGAAUGGAUGCUUUUAAUAAAAUAAUUCACUCUAUGAAAAGUAGAGGUUUCAUUUUAAUGCAAA